AUGCCACCAGGUGAGGACUUCGGAAGCCCCCGGCGCACUCAGGACCUGUUCAAGCGAAUCCCACAGCAGCGCCCUGAGAAUAACGCGAGAUCACCAUCGCCGGAUCAGUUUAGAAUCUUGGGGACUGUAGAGCGGCGCAAGCAGGAUCAACUGCUUCGCGAUCAGCCCCCAUUGCACAAUCACUGGGAACCCAGGGAAUCACGCUCGCCGGCAGCGCGAAGGAAGGAGCGGAGGCAUAGGCCGUCGUCACCGGCACGUCGAGAUACUUCGAGAUCAGGAGAAUGGCACUUGCCUCGUAAUGAGCCACGCUCGCCUCACGAAGAGCCAUACUACUCAACGUCAAUGAAGGGUCCAAAUGUGACAACAUACCGCAACCUGAGUUGGACAAACCCAAAUUCAAGUGUUGGGCAGCCUGUCAAGCCCCGUGUCAGCGAAAAGGCGCCUCCUGCUGGCAGUGACUCUGCUUCGAGAGUGGGGAAAGCGGAGGUCAAUGGUAUCAAGGACGUGCCGACAGGACCUGCGAUGAAAGGUGGCAACGCUCCUGUUCCGCAGUCUAUACUCCAGCUACCACAUAUCUUCAUUUCGUCUGAGUCUGUUCCUGCGUCGCAAUCAACCGUACCCCAUCUCGCGACGCUGGUGCGACGCUGCGGACCAGUCGAUGUUGUUUGUGACGACACUGGCUACUACAUAGCCUUCGCAAAUUCGAGGGAGGGGCGUUCCAAUAUGAAUAAAUGCGAGAAGGCGUACAAAGGCGAGCCAUUCUUCGGAAUGUACUGCCUUACCUUCCAGCCAUUUCCUUUCGGCCAGCAACAAGGUGAACAUGCAGAGGAUCGCCGGUCUCCUACCACCGUGGCUACAACAGCAGCAGAGGCAUCAACUCAAACUGCUGUACAGCACCAUCCGCCAGCAUCAGACAAGAUACAAAUGGUGCUUGAGGCGCUUGCACCUGAAAGAGAAGACGGUGUGGCUGGCAUUUCCAGAACCGCCAUGCAGGUUCCUCCAGAGCGACCUGUCGGAAGUUCGAAUCUCCUAGAAAAAGGUGCUGGGCUCCCGACGUCGCAUUCGGUUCAGUCGAGACCAGACACCAGACCUCAAAGCACUACCGAACCACUUCGAACUUCUCCACCCCGACCCACGUCACCUUUGGACAGCACCUCCAGCAUCAGCGGCAGAACUGGAUCCGACAUCUCUGCUAUGGGCCCUCGCAGAUGCCAUGUUUGCAAGGCCAGGUCUGAGGUCGACAGCUUGGUGAAGUGCACGACCUGCGUUCGUCGUUACCAUCGCUAUUGCUAUACCGGUAGAUCAAUACCAGCUUUUCCUGGAGACCACUGGCAGUGUAAGCGAUGCGAGCGCAAGAAAAUCCCAUUGCACAGAAGCCAGCCGGGCGGUGUUGGUACAUCUGCAGAUGGUGAAGCGGCUGUGCCUUCUGACACAGCACGGGAAAGCUCGCCCCCUAAAGCUGCCUUCGAGGGAAGCUCGGGCCACGAGCAGACGGCGCUCUUUCCCGCUGAACAAACAACACAGCUUGGGAACCAGCCAGAACAAGCUGUGCACCAAGACCUACUUCCAAUCCCCGAUCCGCUUGUCGACGCGGUCCAGGUCGACCGGUCUAUGGCGACCGAGACGUCAAUGGCUCCCGAUGCGGACACGUCGCAGGCGCGGACGAAACAGGUCAACAGCGACGAUGCACAUUUCACGGAGGCACAAGAUCUUGUCGACAAAAGCUUCUCUACUCUCCAAGCAGAUCAAACCAAGCCGGCAAGAAAGCCCGUCAAACUUCAGCUUACGAAGCGCAAGAGAACCGACACACAAGAUCGCGCAAGGCCAUCUGACAACGACAUCAGUCUUUUCGAUAUACCUCAGGAUGAAGAGGCCAUCAUCAAGCCUUCCGAAGGCGCCGCUGACCUCGUACCACAAGAUGCCGAACAGCUCAACACAAUGCCACCAGGCACUAUGCGUGAAGAUCGCAUUGAGACAACAGGGCCUGAGCAACCCAGCGCAGAUACACGACCAAUUGUCGCUGCAGCUUCACCAGUAGACAGCGUCUUGCAUGUCACCAAACGCAAAAAGGGGCCUACCGUAGCAAUGGCAUCUUGCGUCGAAUGCGGGAACCAAACAGGAAAGGCGCCAGUAGGACCUACUAGAUGCUCAAAGUGCAGGAAAAAGAUGAAAGCAGACGCCUCUCGGCUAGACCGGAUCUCGCCAUCGCAUACGUCCCGAGAAGGCACUCUCGAUGCUGCAGUGCCUUCGACGAAAGGCGAGACGUCCGUGCGUUCUUCCAUUGGAGAAGCAUUACCAAGACACUUGAUCGAUGGACAAGUUGGCGGUCCGCAAGCAGCCGUACCUUUCAAUAUGCAACCACAGCCCGAUGAAGUCUCUCGCGAUGACGUGCACAUGGCAGAUGAGAUUGAGCCGGUCCAUGAGGACGCCAAUUCACCCUCUGAAAUUGUUGCUGGAGUUAAUGCGUUACGUGAUACACCUGCUACCGGUCAACAGGAUGAAGAACGAAACAACUCUGGUGAUGAUGUUCCCAUGACAGAUGAUGUCGAGGAGAUCCAUUCGGACGUCAACUCGCUCUUUGAUGAUGUCGAGAUGGUGGACGAGCCACGCAGGGUGUCAGCGUCUGGCCAAGAGGAUGAAGCUUUUCUACAGGGGAUGGCAGAAGCCUCUCUGAUGCCAUCUACUCCUGGUCGAAAGACAGGGGGAAUCAAGCGCAAGAGUCAGCGGGCAGCCGCGAGAGAUGAAUACGACUUGGGCAAUUCGUUCAAGCGACCCAAGAAGACUUAUCAACGCCUGAUCGGGAUGGCUCUCCUUUCUGCGCCCAACUACCGACUGCAAGGAAAGGGAAUCGUCGAAUGGAUCUCGAAUAACGUUCCUGAUUAUGAUGAGAACAAUGGCAAGUGGGCGAACGGCAUCAAAGCAACUUUGAGACUGAAUGCCACAGGCAAAUCGGGCAAGAUAAUAUGUACACAAGUUGAUUGGGCGGAAGGCGAUGAUGGCGAGCCGGGGAAAGAUUGGUGGGUGCUCAAGCCCGACGUCAAAGACACACUGGAUCGCUGGGACCACGAUCUGCAGCGCCCUCUAUCUGGGCCAAAUGCCAGCCAGCUGAGCGGACAGGAUCAUUUGGAACUUGACAGCGACGACGACGACGACGAAAUUGAGAGACAAGCCCGGCUUUUGGACUCUGCCACAUCAUCUCGUUCGAAGAAGAGCAAAUGGGUGAAGCCUCCAGGUGAAAAGCGCGCAAGGAAAAGUGCAGCACUCGCAACGGAUGCUGAUGCAAUGGAAGUCGAUGGCAUUGAAGAUUAUGGACAUCAAGAGGCCACAGAUGUGGAAACUUCAGAGGAAGAGCCCCUCGCCUCGCGGGCGAACAGGAAGAGCUUCAACUCUUCGGCGUCACAAGAGAGGACGACCUCGCUGCACUCGGGACUGGGCGCCACACCCAGCAAGAAAUCACAAACAACCACCGGAGAAACUCCACUUGGACCAUCGCAGCGUGCCAUGAAGGACAUCAUGUCAUUGUUGGAUGCCCCAGGUGCUUGUCCUGUGCGGGAUGAUCUGUACAUCCGAGAGCUAAUUCGUGAAGAGGUGGAGAAUAUCGACUUUUCGAAGAAGAAUUUGGAGGACUGGCCAGAAUAUCAUCUCGAAAAUCGCUUCGACCGAGACCAAAAGAUUGCGGAGAUCAAGGCCAGGCCAAACAGAAAGCAGCUCUUUGGCAAGCCGGCCAGUGCCUCCGUACUCGAAGACCCAUUUCCGAGCAUGAGGCCACCUCCAUCUGCCCCGACUUUGACGGUGUUGCCGGACAGCGAAGAGUUCGCUUCCAUUGGUGUAGGAGUGGACGAGGUGGAAAAGCCCUGCAACUCUCUCGCCGACUUUUUGGGAGUUCAAGACGGCGUGGAGUAUGUUCCCUGCAUACAUAAGGCACAUCUGGCCUACAAGGACCAGAACCCGCAUGUUCGCAAUCCAUACAUGACGGACAUUCGGUUGCACUUGUAA